CUUAGCCUUUAAUCCGUCCCCUUCAUUUUCUACCUAACUAGAUGGAACAUUAUGCUCUUAGCCUUCAAUGUUCUCCAAUUCUUAGUCCUCUUUCACAUGGUUCCAAAUCAUAUGAAAAUCGAAAAUUUCAUCUUAGAUUAAACCAAACCACUCUUUGUUUCCCACGAGUUACCACAAGCCACAAUGUUACACGUUCAAUUAGCCAUGCAAAUUGCAUGGAUAAUAGCUUCUCUGUGCCUAAUUCAAAGACUAUUGAAAGAAGUGACAACAACAUUUUGAGAGGAAUAAAUGGAGUUUCUAUAGUUUUGGGUUGCAUUCUUGGAAUGUUUAAUUUUAAUAGCAAGAUGAUGAAUUCUAAGUUCAACAAUGCUUAUGCUAUUGAUUUUUCUAAAGGUGUAUCAUUCCAUGGAGGAGAGUUUUCGUUCGAUUCGAUGUGGAACUCGAUGAACGCUGAACUACAAUCAAAUAUCAAGUUAGAUAAUUCUAAUCCUUCUGUUGAUAAUAAGAAGAAGUAUGCUUUAUCUCUAAGAAAACGUGGGAAGAAAGAUGAAGUAUUGCCUAUUUUGGAGGACUUAGAAAAUGAAUACAUGAAAUCUAAAAAGCAUGGAGAUAUAGAACGUUCGAUUCGACUAUCAUUCAUGGAACUUCUCUUGAUUCAGGGAAAUUUCGACGAAGCCCGAAUACAACUUGACGAAGAGAUUGAAAAUCUUAUAUACCAAGAAAUUGAAAAUAUUGUUUCUAAAAGGUUUUUUCAUGUGUCGAAGAAAAAAGUAAAUUUAGAGGUAGAGGACAAGAUUCGCAAACUGCUUGAUAUUUACAACAAAGAGAAUACAAAUCAUGACAAGCAAUCAAUAGCUGAUAUCAUUUUCUAUAAGGCUAUUAUACACACCAUGUUAAAAGAUACUAAUGAAGCAGCAAAGUGGUGGGAAGCAUUUGCAAAAACACUAUCUAAAUAGGCCUAUUUCCAAUGAGGUGUUAUUAUGAUCAAGUUCAACUACAUAUUCAUUUCCUUUCCAUUGAACAUCAUCUUGAAAAAUAGCUUUGUCAAAAAUAAAACUCUAUAAAUAGUUUAUUCAAUGCUAGCAUUUGUUAUUAUCAAUACGAGUGGAAUAACUUAUUGAA